UACAACUGCCCUGAGACAUUUCAAAUCACAGCACUCACCGUGGACACUCAGUGGAAUAGUAUAUAUUAAGGAUUGCAUCGGCAUUUAACUCGAUUCCUUUUUAUACGAUUUUAUUUAAAGUAAGACAAGAAUAACUAACAUUGGAAUAUAUUGGAGCCUUUAUUAUAAAUCCAAGUGUUUAACACUCCUCAUGGAAUCGUAAAAGAAUAAGCUGUUGAAGGAAAAAAAAAGAGUUUAAAAAUGAUCAAGUUGCUCGUGAGGAAAGUGACUGCGCAUAAUGUGAGAUUGCGUCGACGGUCUUGGAAUAUGGGUACAGAUAUUGCUUACCUGUUCGGAUGUGCCUUUCUGGUAGUUCUGAUGAAAGAUCGCAUCUUCUGUGAUGCAACAAGGACCCAAGGGGAAGGGGAACCGGUAGGGGGAGAGGCUAGAGGAGGUGGUGAUGGAUUCAGAAGGGGUGAGCCAGCACCACCAUACCCCCAGAACCCGAACCCUGUACCCCAGCAACCAGCGGCUUGUGCUCAAACCGUCCAGCCAGCCCAACAAUUCUUACCCAGCUGGCUACCAGUUAACAAUAUCCACGUGGGCGGGGCUUCUCAGACAAAUUGUUCGGCAUUGGAAGAACUGGUUGCUAAGGUAACGCGUCAAAAUGAACUGUCGGAGCGAAUUUUAUCCGAGCUUGAAAACAUCCCAAAAUCACAAAGAGCAGUUUGUGAAAACCAUUCGAUGGCCUCAAAAAGCCUUCCACGCGAUUGUUCCGAAGUCUUGUUGUCAGGGGCAACAGGAAGCGGUCGUUACAUCAUUUAUCCUCAAGACAACGGAGAUCCAUUCUAUGCAUAUUGUGAUACAGAGACAGACGGAGGAGGAUGGACGGUCAUCCAAAGACGAGAGGACGGCAGUGUAAGUUUCUAUCGUGAAUGGAACGACUACAAACACGGGUUCGGCAACGUCAACUCAGAACACUGGUUGGGAAACGACAAGAUACAUCGCCUAUCAGCUCAGACCUACUACGUCUUGAGAAUUGAACUAGAGGAUUUCCAAGGCGACCGGAAGUAUGCCGAGUAUGACUACUUCCGGAUUGGUGACGAGGAUACGGGCUAUAAACUCCUGCUUGGCACCUACCAGGGCGAUGCAGAGGAUUCACUCAGUUUCCAUGGCAACAAGAAAUUCUACACGCUCGAUCGAGACACGGACCAGGAAUGCGCCAUGAACAGCAAGGGGGCGUGGUGGUAUGGGUCGUGCUUUGAGAGUAAUCUCAAUGGUAUGUACAAGGGGCGACCACGCCCUGCUGGUAGCCAGAACAUCGUCUGGGCGGGAUGGAAGGGGUACGAAACGGCACUGAAGAAAACCCAGAUGAAGAUAAGACCAGCUUCGUACCACAGCAGUCAGCCGACGGGCGGCUAG